AUGGCCGGCUGGUUCUCCUCAACGUCGCCCCUCGAUGAGCAGAUCGAGCGGGCGACCGGCUCCUCUCUAGAGGAUAUCGCUCUGAACCUGGAGAUCUCUGAUAUGGUUCGAUCGAAGAGUGUCCAGCCCAAGGAUGCCAUGAGGUCUUUGAAGCGUCGACUGGAAAACCGAAACCCCAAUAUUCAGCUAGCAACCUUGAAGUUGACCGAUACCUGUGUCAAGAACGGUGGCACCCACUUCCUGGCCGAGAUCGCAUCCCGUGAAUUCAUGGACAAUCUAGUGUCGCUACUCAAAUCCGAAGGCGCUCCGCUGAACCCCGAUGUACAACGCAAGAUCUUGGAGCUCAUCCAGAACUGGGCGAUGGCGGCCCAGGGCCGGAUGGACUUGAUGUAUCUUGGGGAAACAUAUAGGAAGCUUCAAAACGAAGGAUUCCAGUUUCCUCCAAAGACGGAAAUGAGCGGUUCCAUGCUGGAAAGCAAUGCACCUGUUAGAGUUGACGAUGGGUGCUACGCUAAACUGACCUCGAAGUCAUACACGCCCGCCGGGCUACAGGAUCGUUCCGCGUUUAAGAAUAAUUCCAUCACUAAAUCCAAUGUGAUGGAGCCUCGGGGCGCCAAAGCGGAUACCAGUUUCGAUGACGAUCUUCGUCGGGCAUUGCAAAUGAGCCUCGAGGAGGCGGAAGGAAGAGGACCCACUGGAUUUGUGCCGCAAACCGGCAAUGCUCCUGAACGAGCCAAGCCAGCUACUGCUCCCGCUCCUGGCCCUUCGAAUGUGGAAGAAGAAGAUGCGGAUUUGAAAGCUGCAAUUGAAGCCUCCCUCCGGGAUAUGGAAGAGCAUAAGCAGAAACAUGCGGCUGCGUUGAAGAGCAAUCCUCCGCCAUCCACGGCUUUCCAUGAUUCAUCUAGCACGUCAACCCCCCUACCAAAGAACCCAUAUGAGCUCAGUGCGGUGGAGGCAGAGAAUAUCCACCUUUUCUCUACUCUUGUCGAUCGACUACAACAACAACCUCCUGGAACCAUCCUUCGAGAACCCCAAAUCCAAGAACUCUAUGAGAGCAUUGGUACACUUCGGCCUAAACUAACACGGAGUUAUGGAGAAACAAUGAGCAAACAUGAUACUCUCCUUGAUCUACACUCAAAGCUUUCUACUGUUGUUCGUUACUACGAUCGAAUGCUGGAAGAGCGCUUAUCUAGUGCCUAUUCUCAACAGAAUCUGGGAUAUGGAGCUAUUCCGGGUGCCGCACAGUACCCGGUCAUGCCCGGUGUCCCCUCCCAUGCGCCGGAUAUGAAAUCUGGCGCUGAGAACUAUUAUUACACGAACGCGCCAGACACUCCCCGCGCAUCUACAUAUGCGCCUCGGCAGGUCAACGGUAGUGGGUAUGAUGCGCCUCCUGUGACGAACCCGGCCUACUCGCAACAGGCGCAUAACAAUUGGGGCCAGAACCCAUACCCAUCGUUGGGAUCCCCUCCACCGCAAACCCAUCCUACUCCCAGUAACCAGGUUGCACCUGGAUCGACUGGUGCACCCCAGUACUACGUCCCUCAGCCGGAGCAAGAUCCCUCUCAAUCGCAAUUCUCCGAAACCCCUUAUCACCCAUCACCCGUCAUGCAGCGAGACUCGCAAUACCAGGCCAGCGCACCUCCCGCGGGUCUUACCCCCAGUGCUCCCGAACCGCACUCGCCGAAGCAAGUCCAUUCACCUACUUACUCCAACGUGCCUCCAGCAGGUCAGCAGCCAACUGGGCUCCCCCUCAGUCUUAUUAUUAUCAACCUCAGCAGCCCGGCGCGGUACCUUCGGGUUAUCCAAUGA